AAGGGCUGGAUCUCCCUCUUGCGAGCGCAUUAUAGGCUACAUGUCCGUCUAGCGAAUAUUGGGAAGACGAAAAUAUCCGUGCAAAGCCGGAUGUGCCAUUCAGUGGGGACAUUUUAGAUACUGACGAUUUUUCUAACUUCAUCUGUCCCGAAAAUAUGGUCUUCCCAGGACCUGAUCAUAUAGAGGAGCAGGAGAGAGUUUAUCCUCCACCGGAGGAGCUGAAGACGGAUGCGCAUGUGCCUGACUUCAGCACAUACCUCGCACUGUACAAAAAGUCCAUCGAGGAACCCGAAGAGUUCUGGGGAAAUGUGGCAGACGAGUUUUACUGGCAGAGCCGGCCCGCUGCAGGACAGCCGAUCCUGCAAUAUAACUUUGAUGUCACCAAAGGCAAUGUUUUCGUCAAAUUCAUGGAGGGUGCCAAGACCAACUUGUGCUACAACGUCUUGGACAGAAAUGUGUUGGAGAGGAGCUUCGGAGACAGAGUGGCGUACCACUGGGAGGGGAACUCAUCGGAUCAUCAGCAGGACAUCACGUACAGCCAGCUGCUCAAGCACGUGUGCCGCUGCGCCAACGUCCUCAGACUCAUGGGCGUGAAGAAGGGCGACCGCGUGGCGAUCUACCUCCCCAUGGUUCCAGAGCUGGUGUACUCCAUGCUGGCGUGUGCGCGGAUAGGGGCGGUGCACUCUGUGGUGUUUGCAGGUUUCUCAGCCGACUCCCUGUGUGAGAGGAUCCUGGACGCCCAGUGCACUGUCCUCGUGACUGCAGAUGGUGUGUACAGAGGGGAGAAGCUGAUCAAUUUGAAGCGGAUUGCAGAUGAGGCUCUCGAACGCUGUAGAGAAAAGGGCUCCUCCACAGUUCAGAAGUGUCUGGUGGUGAGACACCAUGCCCUUAGGAAAAACUCAGGAGAGGCCUCCAACAAACUGCAGACCCCGUGGGACGCGGCGUGUGACGUGUGGUGGGACGAGGCCCUGGAAGGUGUGUGUGACGAGUGUGAGCCGGAGUGGCUGGACGCAGAAGACCCGCUCUUCAUCCUCUACACCAGCGGCUCCACAGGCAAACCCAAGGGGGUGUUGCACACUGUGGCUGGCUACAUGCUGUACACGGCUCUCACCUUCAAGUAUGUGUUCGACUACCACUUUGAUGACGUCUACUGGUGCACGGCAGACAUUGGCUGGAUCACAGGUCACUCCUACAUCACCUACGGCCCGCUGGCCAACGGGGCGACCAGCGUGCUGUUUGAGGGCAUUCCUGUGUACCCUCAUGUGGGCCGGUUCUGGGAGGUGAUUGAGAAGUACCGCGUGUCCAAGUUCUACACGGCCCCCACUGCCAUACGCCUGCUGAUGAAGUACGGCCAGGAGCCGCUGCUCAAGUAUGACCUGUCCAGCCUGCGGGUCCUGGGCACGGUGGGCGAGCCCAUUAACCCUGAGGCCUGGAACUGGUACCACCAGGUGGUGGGGCAGGGACGGUGUCCCAUAGUGGACACAUUCUGGCAGACGGAGACGGGGGGCCAUGUUCUGACUCCACUGCCUGCAGCCACUGCACUGAAGCCUGGCUCAGCUACCCUCCCGUUCUUUGGUGUCCAACCCUCCAUUAUGAGUGAGUCGGGAGAGGAGCUGGAGGGAGAGGCAGAGGGCUACCUGGUGUUCCGUAGCCCCUGGCCUGGCAUCAUGAGAACCGUGUACGGGAACCAGGAGCGCUUUGAGACAACCUAUUUUAAGAAGUUCCCCGGGUUCUACGUCACCGGAGAUGGUUGCAGAAGGGACAAGGACGGCUAUUACUGGAUCACGGGCAGGAUUGAUGACAUGCUGAACGUGUCUGGUCACCUGUUGAGUACUGCUGAAGUGGAGUCGGCGUUGACGGAGCACAGCUCGGUUGCCGAGGCGGCGGUGGUGAGCCGGCCGCACGUCGUCAAGGGGGAGUGUCUGUACUGCUUCGUCACGCUCAAGGACAACGCCGAGUUCACACACACACUCAAGGACGAUCUGAAGAAACAGGUGAGAGAAAAGAUUGGGCCCAUUGCCACACCUGACUUCAUCCAGAAUGCUCCUGGGCUGCCAAAGACGCGCUCAGGUAAAAUCAUGCGACGGGUCCUCCGUCAGAUCGCCCGUAACGAGAAGGACCUGGGUGACCUCUCCACGCUGGCCGACCCCAAGGUCGUGGAAGUGCUCUUCAGCCAGAGGUGUGAAGCAGCUGCCUGAGAGGACGGGACCCAAGCUUCUUCCUCCUGAUGCUUUGGAUGAACUAGGACCUCCAUGCCCUCUGUGCUGACCCCUGCCCACACACACACACACACACACACACACACACACACACACACACACACACGCACACACACUGGACCCCAAUGAGCCUGGGGAAUCCUGAUAGUGGGAGGGGGGUGGGUCAACAGCAGGCUCCCAGCCUUCAGAACUGAGACAGAUGAAGGUAAUGGGGUGGGAGGGUUAGGGUCGGGGGUGGGAGGGUUGUUUGAUUCAACUCCUCCCUGACCUGUCCACCAAAUAUACUCUCUUGCUUGGACAAGUGAUAAGACAAAUCAUCAAUCAGUUACAGAACCUUAGGUGGACUUUCAGCAGUGCGUGUGUAUUUGUCGGUGUGUACAGUAUGUGUAUGGGUGAAAGAGAGAAAAGUAGGAGCAUUUAGCUGCAACAAGCACUCUCUCUCUCUCUCUCUCACACACACACACACACACAUACACAUGCACACAGUUGUAUUUCCACCCAGUAUGGACAUUGAUGCCAGUUUGCUUAAUCUGGUCCACCUCUAGUGGCUUUUCUAAUUGUUGCCGACUGGUAGCUUUGGGUUGCUUUCUCUUUGGGGUUUGUUUGCUGGAGACAGCACAGCAGUGAAGGUACAUAUAUUUCCUGAAAUCCUUGUAUUUUUUUAAUUUCAUAUAGAUUCAUCAGUUGUAUGCAUUUAUAGAAAGUACUGUAAACCAUGUUAAACAGCCUUCUCUGGUCUCACUCUGUCAGAGUGAGGCAAUGCAGCUCUGUGGAAGUAGUGGUAGUACCCCUGUUAAACUAAGGGUCCGCAGUCCGCACUACACAGCUAACUACAUACUGUAGGAUACCUUGACCAACUGACCCACAGCACAGGUCAGUGCUUCCACACACAGCUUUUUGUUCAUAUUGAAAUGGCCUCGUGGAAACUGAGAACCUCAGUGUCCUUCAGUGAAACUUCUGAGAAAACCAGCCCAGGUUGUGGUUCUGACUGGGAUUCAGACAUGCCACAUGAACACGAAACCUUUUUGUAGAAGAGUUAGAUCCAGAUGAGAGUUAGGGUAGAGAGUGGGACUUGUGGUGUCACUUGUAAUGGCAGGUGCAUCUUAACUGCCACUUUUAUGGUGUACAUCUACUGUGUUUGAGAUACAAAAGGCCUGGCAAAAGAAGGUGCUCCUUUUAGAUAUGUUUCUGUUUUAUUUUGUAACAAUUUGUAAACCUUUAUGAAUAAAGUGUGGCCACGUGGUGGAUUGGAGAGAA